AUGGCGGAGCAGAGGCGGCGGCUGGUGCGGCUGGCCGUGCUGGAGGAGCUCCGGGCCUCUUAUGGGAUCAAGGUGAAGAGCGGGAGCUGCCUAGCGGCGGCCAAGCAGCCGGGCGCGCCGGCCGCGGAGGGUAAGAUCUUUGGAAUAUCCUUUCAUGCAUUGCCACAGUCGCUUGUGCCGGACUAUGGUUAUAUUCCAAGCUUCCUUGUUGAUACUUGUGAGUAUUUGGAAGAACAUGUUCAUACGGAGGGACUCUUCAGAAAGUCUGGAUCUCUUGUUCGCUUAAAAGCUUUAAAGAGUAAACUGGAUCAAGGUGAAAACUGCCUCUCAGCUGCACUACCGUGUGAUGUUGCAGGGCUUCUUAAACAGUUCUUCAGAGAGCUCCCAGAGCCCAUCCUUCCACCUUAUCUGCAGGAAGGCCUUUUCAAAGCUCAGCAGCUGGGAAAUGAGAAGAAAACUGCAACUGUGUUGCUGUCCUGUUUGAUGGCUGACAGAACAAUUGAGGCUUUGAGAUACUUUUUCAACUUUCUGAGGACUGUGUCCCUAAGAUCCAAUGAAAACAGGAUGGAUAGCAGUAAUCUGGCAGUGAUUUUUGCUCCCAACCUCUUGCACUCGAAUGAAAAUGAAAAGAUGUCAGCCACUACGGAAAAAAGAAUUCGCUUGCAAGCUGCUGUGGUGCAAACACUGAUUGAUCAUGCAGCAGAAAUCGGACAAGUACCGGAAUUUAUCUUGGAAAAGAUUCCUGCAAUGUUAGGUGUUGAUGCCUUUCAAUCUACUCUGUCACUGUGGGGCCAUGAAGACAGUGAAAACGAAUCUAGUGGUGAAUGUAAGAAAAGGAGGCACCGGAGUGUUGGAGAUAUUGUUAGUGGAGCAUUGAAUAAAUUUAAAUCUAGCAGAACACCCUCCACUACACCUCAGCAAGACAGAAGCGUCCUUUCAUCAGUGACUCCAGUGGUUCUUACUCCAAGUGCCAAGCGUAAACUUCCAAUGGAUUGCUCUCAGGGCUUGUCCAGCAAGAAGAUACGAUCCUUUAAGCCUGGUUUUGCUUUUGAGUUGUUACCAAAUAGUAUUUUUAACAACAGCUCAACACCAGCAUCAGUCCAGUUUGAAGCAAGCCCUUGUUUGUCUCCUGAGUCAUCACAAACCUCGCUAUCUCCUUCAACUGGUGGUGAAAAUUGCCUUUCUAGUACAGGGAACAGAAGAAGUAAAAGAUACACGAGCAAAAAAUUAUACAGGACUGAAUCAGGAAAGACAGGUUGCUUUUCUCCAAAGAUCAGUCGAAAAGAAAUGGUUCGUAGGUCAUUACGCUUGAAGUUUGGUUUGGGGAAAAGCAAUAGGGACCUGAAUAUUGUAUCAGGAUGUGUGGUUGGUAACAGAUCUGAAAGUAUUGGAAGGCGUCUUGCAAGUCAGCAAGGUUUGGAAAGCAGAACUGAAUGUACAAAAGGAGAUGUGUUCUUCAGCCCAUGUGUCAGUGAAAAAUUCCCUAAGAAAGGUUCAAAAAAUGUGAGCAAAUCAGAAGACAACUUGCUAACUCCAAAAUGCCAUAAUAAAGUAGUUCACCGAAUGUCAUGGAAUAGUCCUACUGUUACAGAAUCUCAGGUGAUCAUCAGGAGUGAGGUGCCAGAACAACUUGAAACAGCAACCAGUUCUUCAGAAUCCGUUUCAGUAUUUGGAAAGCCACCAGUUGUUCCAGGUGGAUUCAAAUUCGCAACUGUAAGCAAACAAGACAGCAGCUUAGAACUUUCACUUUGUGAAGCAGAAAGCCAUUCAACUGCAGAAACAUUACUGAAAGUUAAGGAAGCCUUCUCUGCAUCUGGAAGUAAUCUUCACAAUUUGAUAGCUGAUACAAAAUCUUCCUUCUCGGAUGUAGCAGGUGAAACAUUAAAUGAAACUCGGUGUCUCUCAGGGCUACAUCAAGAGAAAGAUUUGUUAGCUGAAGAAGCUUCUGAAAAUCUAGCAAAUACAAAAUCUGGAGAGCUCUUGCACCAGUGUAAUCAAUCUUAUGCUACUGAUGAACAGCAAUCAAAAAAAGAUGAAAUCAAAGUUUUGGACAAAAAAAACUUCAAAACCUCUAUUGAGAUUGAACUUCAGGUCCCCAAAACAGAUACAAAAUCUGUAACAGAACCUCCUGUGUCUCAAGUACUGGCCAGGGAAGACAAGUUGACUGUUCAGAACAAUACAUCAAGAGAUGACUUGAACAAAUUAAAUUCAUUCAGGAAAAAAGAAGAAACAGAAUUAACUCAUUUACCAACACCUGAAAACUGCCUGGUAAAAUGCUGUCAUUUGGAAGAAAAUACUAAAGCUGAACUCUCUGUGGAAGCAGGACAGCUUCCUACUUCACAGUUCCCUGAGGCACACAAUGAUGGUGGCAGUCAAAACUUGCACGCUGAAAAUGCUGAUAAAGCUUUAACUAAAACAUCAGCUGUUUCUGACCACAUACAGUGGUUCAACAAGCUUUCGUUAAAUGAUCCAAGUUCUUCAAGCAAAACUAAACCACCUCUUAUGUUUCAGCGUACUCCUGUUAGGCAGUCUGUAAGAAGAAUUAAUUCCUUAUUAGAGGCUAACAGGCCUCAGCUGCUUAAAGCAAGUAAUGUUGGUUCACCACUUGUUAAAUCUUUGAGCUAUGAUUCUGCCCUAUUCUCUUGCACAGAAGAGCUCUCAAAGGUUUCCGAGACUUUGCCACUCAGGAGAGAAAGUGCACAUGACCAAGUUUCUAUGUCUCAUAAGCAGCUAGACUUAACAUCCAAACCAUCUUGCAGGCGGUUACAUCCAUCAGAGAAGCCCGACAUUUCUAUCAGAACUGCUGGAAUCCAUGAACAGAAAGUGACUGUUCAUCAAUCCAAGUCUGUACUAGAAGAUGUAACCAAUCAUGAAAUGGUGAAACCCAGUUUAAAAGUUAAUGCAAAUAUAAAUACUCCAGGUGCUGACCCAGAAAAAUCUACAAUCGCAAGAAAUGUUUCAGGAAAAGAAAGAGCUCGUUAUAGAGGCUCUCCAAAGAAUCCAAUAUCUAAAGUGAAACUGCUACCAACUGCAAAACCAGUGGACUUGUAAGAUCAAACGUGAUGGUUAAAUGGGCUUACUGUCACUUGGUUAA